AUGUGCGCAUUGCUCCUCCUCGCUCCGCUCCUCUCCGGCCUCGUGGCGAGUGCACGAGUCAAAGACCAGCGCAUCCCGGUGACCGUGCUCACCGGCUUCCUCGGCAGUGGUAAGACGACCCUGCUCAACCACCUCCUCACGAAACAGCACGGCAAGCGGCUCGCUGUGAUCGAGAACGAGUUCGGAGAGGCGCGCGCACACGCCUGGUCGCUGAAGCCAGCGGGCGCCGAGCCCGCACGUGGAUUCACCGCGCUUGCCUCCCUCUCACCCAAGGUUGGCAUCGACGACGCGCUGCUUGGGAAGAACGCCCGCGAGGAGGCUGAGCCUGAGAUCAUCGAGAUGAUGAACGGCUGCAUCUGCUGCACCGUCCGGCAGGACCUCAUCGUCGUGCUCAAGCGGAUCUCGGAGAGGGUGAACUCCGGAAAGCUCAACAUCGACGCCGUCGUGAUCGAGACGACGGGGAUGGCGGACCCUGCGCCGGUCGCCCAGACCUUCUUUGUCGACGAGUCGGUGCAGGAGUGCUUUCGGCUCGACGGGACGUGA